AUGGCGGAAGAGCACCGAUGUGAAACUCCGGAAGGUCACCGACUCUGCGCUAACAACUGCGGCUUCUUUGGAAGUUCAGCCACGAUGAAUUUCUGUUCAAAAUGUUACCGAGAUAUUCAUCUGAAGGAGCAAGAACAAGCCAAAACCAAAUCCACAAUCGAAACCGCUCUUUCCUCAGCCUCCUCCUCCGCCGCUUCUGCUGCCGUAGUCGUUGAAUCUCAGGUUCUGGUACCGUCGAGCGAAUCUCUCUCUCAACCUCAACCACCGGCGUUGAUUAUACCGUCGGUUGUUUCUGACGCGUCGGAAUCUUCGAUCGGAUCGGUUCAACCGAACCGGUGCGGGACGUGCAGAAAACGGACCGGGUUAACCGGGUUCAAGUGUAGAUGUGGAAUCACGUUUUGUGGGACCCACAGGUAUCCGGAGAAACACGAGUGCGGUUUCGAUUUCAAGGCGGUGGGGAGAGAGGAGAUAGCUAAAGCGAAUCCCGUGAUCAAGGCCGAUAAGCUGAGAAGAAUUUGA